AUGUAUGGGAACGAUUUUGGUGCCGUGCCUGGGAUUUUCUAUCCUAACCAAAAUCGGCCUGUUUCAGCACGUGCUCGCACAUACCAUGAUGAAUGUCGGAAUUACGGGGCACCUCAGCCGUUCCAUUUGGCAAAACAGCUUGCGACGAUAAACUACUACGAAACUACUCUUGACUUCCAGAAAUUUCGGAAUCAUGACUUGGUUCCAGAGAAUGACGGGUUGUAUCCUUUCGAGAGUAAGCUUAAGAGCGGAUCGCACUACAAUAAUUUCGGAAAGAAACCCAUGUUCAGCACUUGCGAACUUGGCUCAGAAUCAGGCAGCACAUGGUCUACUGAGAAGUUGGGCCCACUCCUCAGCACGGGGGGGUACGAUUGGUGGCAGAUCGGCUGGGCGGAUGUCUUUGAACUCAGAUCCAAAUUAAUCGAUCGGAAUGACGGUAUCUUGAUACACGCAAAUUCAAUUGUCGUAACUGAUGCCGUUGGCCGGCCUCUAUCGUAUCCCCCGAUUCACGUGCACCACAUCCACUUGGCAAUGCAACCAGCAGUGCGCCCGAGACAAGCAGAGUACUUCUGUGGUUUAAACACUCCAAAGCCGUGCUACAACUGGAGCUGGGCGAUGGAAUGGCAUGGAGACUAUGAGUGUCGAGAUGACGAAGGGGGAGUUGGAUGCCUGUUUGAAGACUACCCAGAGGGUUAUGCUCGUCAUCUGACUGAGCCCAUUGAUUUGGAAGGUGAAAUCAACGACGUCCGUCCUCGAGGAUCUGCACCCAUGGAAUGGUACUUAAAUGUUGGCGUUCUCUGGCAGUAUAAAGACGAUAGCGAAGCGUUCAUUCAGCUGAUAUCUUCAGCCCUGUGGGCUGGGGUGCCUGGACGCCAGGACUUGUACAACCAGCAGACCUAUGUUAAUACCUUCCCUGCGCCCAUAGACUUCGAUAGUUUUGCAUGGGGCAAUAUGAAGAUGCCAUUCAACGGGGAGCUGGUUCGAAACAAAAUUCACUCCCACAUGACGUCUUUCUACAAGAUGGUGAUGGUCGUUGGAGACGUCUCUCGAAUCAUCCCUGAGAGCACGCUAAGGCCAUCCGCCUUUGUGGCAGAUAUUUCACCAAGCUGGCGGUUUUCCACGACCGCCCGUAAUGUAGCCGACUAUGGCCAUAGCAGCAGCCAGGCCAUGUUUCAGUCGUAUUACGGCACCAUUCUUGAUGAGGAAAAGCUCGAUUUGAUUUGCGUCAGUGAAUCCGACCUCGCGGAAGUAGACGGCUACAUCUACGACCGCAAACCAAUUACAAGAUGUAAGAAUUGGGUUUUUAAUCAAGGGGAUGAUGUUUUUACUCUUGGAUGGAUGGUAAAAAAAACAUUUAAGUUCUCCGUCGGUGAACCCGACAAUUUUGAUGGCACUAUUAUCUCUCGUACUGUCCCGCAGCAUCUUGCAAACUUUUUGCAAUUUAAGCUAUCGAGCUGCGAAGAUGCCAUGGUGGCUUUGGAGGAAUCUAUUUUGUACUGGUGGAGAAGACGGAUACCCUUUUUUAAUAUUUCAUCUUUAUGGGUGGACGCUUCAAUCCAAACCGGAAAUGCACUUGGCGUAUUUUUUGUUUGUCACACUUGUUCUAUUCAUUUCCUCCCAAUUCAUGACCGACUACUUGAAGAAGAACCAGUACCGUCAAAACUACCAGCAACAAUAGAACCACUUGAAGAAGAACCAGCACCAUUAAAAUUGCAUUGUUGCCUAUACCGACUUCUUCAAGAAAUGCAAAAGGACUCGCAUGCAAAUGGCAUCCGAUACUCCUCUGUAUUGAAGAAGAGGGUGCGUCGGAAUUUCAGUCCGCCUAUUACGAGAGCAGCCAAGCGUGGCAGAGACGAGCCUAGUCGCCGUCAGAGAAAACGUGCGAGGUCGCACUCGAAUUUUUCAGGGGGGACCCGCGAUGGGUGGGACACUCCAGGAGAACCCGGGUGGAGCCGGAGCCAGCCAGCGCAAGGCUGGGGCGUGACCCUUAGUCGUGACGCUCCAUUACCUGCCAAGGUAGCUCCGUUACCUGCUGAAAUUGUUGUUGAAGACGCGAGUCAAUUAGAAACAGCACAAGGAUUGGCAGAGUCACAGGAGAGGCGCCCGAAAUUAGAGGAAGAGGAACCAGCAGAGACCUACUGCCAGAGAACACAACCAGUCACAAACAUGAAAGUGCCCGGAAAGCAGCGCCCGAAAUUAGAGGAAGAGGAACCAGCAGAGACCUACUGCCAGAGAACACAACCAGUAACAAACAUGAAAGUGCCCGGAAAGCAAACUCUCAUGGGCCCAGCUCCGCGCUAUGAUGACAAUCCGGACACCAGGAUCCAGGUAGGUGACAUGGUAAGCUACGUAUGGCCGGAAGAAUCCAAAGAAACGCGCGGACCUUGGACUUGGGUGGUGACGCUGGUUACGAUGAACGGAGUAGAAAUCAGACCAGCUAGAGCACUCGAGAGAAGCUUACAGUCCGGAGGAGAGGACCUAAGACCCAAGCGAAAAGAUAUUGUGUUUUCCAAGUACUGCUCUCAUGGACCUCUAGCAAAGGACAUCAGAUUAUGCGUAGACCCGUGUCGUCAGCCAACUUGUGUGUGGUGCAAGCAACACGGAGUUUUCGAUUACAAAAACAGAACCACAUUUGAAAGGGACUCCCUACCGGAAGUCGCCAACACUUGGGUUUCUGACGACAUCCACAUGGCUAAGACCUUGGCCAGAGAGGAUGUCUCUACGUCAAUGAAAGGAUAUUGUAGCCGCUGGGCUAUGGGAUUCUUGUUGUAA